AUUUUCCUUCUCCAGUGUGGGAGACAGUCGCUUGUCGAAACGAUUGUUGGCCGCUUUUUUUUUCCCAAGGAUUGAGCAAAUUUCACCAAGUGUGGGGCGUCGGGCGGACGCGCGUGACCCCGAAGAAAGGAAUAUUGUAACUGGAAAAACGCUGACUUUUAAUAACAGAGAAAAGUCAAAAAGGAUCGUGAGUGAAUUUUUUUUUUUUUUGGUGAUAAGCAAGUGAUCGCCCGGUGAAAAAGACGUCGAGGACGAGUAAAAGGGAUACACACAGCAAAAAAAAAAAAACGGAAAAAAGUCUACAUCCGACAGGUGUCGGUGUUUAAGGAGUCGUGAUGCAUUGGAGGUUCGGCGGACCUUGCUCAAAAACCGACCAAAAAUCAGUGUUGCAGAAUCAAUUUGUGUGACGAAACGACUCAAUUUAGAAGGAAAAGGGAAAAAGAGGAAGGAAAGAUUUUUAAAAAAACUGACUGUAGGAAUAAUAAGGGGUUUUUUUUCAUUGGAAAAAAAUUCCCCCAAAUUGGGUGUGUGUGAGAGUUGUAAAGAAAGUCGAUCUUUGGAUAAAACAAAGUUCGCAGAAGUGCAAAAAAAUUUUUAAAAUAGGGGGGGCUAUCUGACCGAUGGACAAACGGAAGAUGAUGCCCAAACGCCCUCGAAUGGAUAACCUGAGAGGCCCGAUCGCCAACGGGCCGAUUCAGGCAAGACCACUGGUGGCUCUUCUCGAUGGACGGGACUGCUCCAUCGAAAUGCCAAUUCUCAAGGAUGUAGCGACAGUCGCCUUCUGCGACGCACAAUCCACUUCUGAAAUCCACGAGAAGGUAUUGAAUGAAGCAGUUGGUGCAUUGAUGUGGCACACAAUAAUAUUGACCAAGGAGGACCUGGAGAAAUUCAAAACAUUGAGAAUCAUUGUACGAAUUGGUUCGGGUGUGGAUAACAUUGAUGUCAAAGCUGCUGGUGAACUUGGCAUCGCUGUGUGCAAUGUGCCUGGCUAUGGAGUUGAAGAAGUAGCUGACACCACACUCUGUCUCAUCCUCAACCUCUACCGACGUACAUACUGGCUGGCGAAUAUGGUUCGCGAAGGCAAAAAAUUCACAGGACCCGAACAGAUCUUUGAUCUGUUUAAGGUGAGAGAAGCAGCACAAGGCUGUGCAAGGAUACGGGGAGACACUCUUGGUAUUGUAGGAUUAGGCAGGAUCGGAUCGGCAGUUGCUCUUCGCGCAAAGGCAUUCGGUUUUAACGUUAUCUUCUAUGAUCCAUACCUUCCUGAUGGAAUCGAAAAAUCGCUGGGUCUCACCAGGGUUUACACAUUACAGGACUUGUUAUUCCAAUCAGACUGUGUAUCCCUACAUUGUACCUUGAACGAGCACAAUCAUCACCUAAUUAAUGAAUUCACCAUCAAACAGAUGAGACCUGGAGCAUUUCUAGUAAAUACAGCUCGUGGAGGACUGGUAGAUGAUGAUGCACUUGCCGCGGCUUUGAAACAGGGUAGAAUUCGUGCAGCGGCACUCGAUGUUCAUGAAAAUGAACCAUAUAACGUAUUUCAGGGCCAAUCUGCCCAAUGUCCUUUGAAAGAUGCUCCAAAUCUUCUUUGUACACCACAUGCUGCAUUCUAUAGUGACGCGAGCUGCACGGAACUUCGCGAAAUGGCAGCGAGUGAGAUACGACGAGCCAUCGUCGGUCGUAUUCCUGAUUGCUUAAGAAAUUGUGUCAACAAAGAAUACUUCCUGUCCUCAUCUGGCACAUACCCAGAGGGUAUCAACGGGGGCUACUAUGCAGGAGCUUUGCCUGUUCAACAGGCGCACUCGACAACUCCUCACGACUCGGCGCCACCACCUCCUGGUGGGCAUUCUGUCGUUGGCGGCGGGGGUGGCGGUGGACCAAACUCGUCAGCGGGUGGCGGUGGAGCUGGGGGUCCAACAGGGCCAUCGGGUCCAACGGUAGGCGGCGGUGGUGCCGGUGGUCCCACUGCGGCUCCACCAUCUGCUGGAAUGCCUGGAUUACCACAUAGCAUAGUGAGCGAGACUGAUCCUCGGCCCAGUCCACCUGCACCAAGUCCCCGUUGACCUUAAAUCCACCCCCCAGAUCUCCAAAAUCCAGCGCCACCCCUCCGAUCUUAACCUUUAUACACCCUAGCCAUUUACACACAAGCUCCAACGACGACGACAACAACAACAACAACUAAAAAAAUAAACGGCCGAUUCACUAGCGCGGGUCGUACAACCAUUUAUCUGUCCACUGCUUCCGAUUAUACUCGAGAGGAUCCUUGAGAGCAGAAGAAAAUACAUUUCUGACGAAAAAAAACCAGAGAGGAACCUUUCGAGUAACGCAGUUAAUAUAAAAAAAAAAACAGACGCCAAGUACAGUUUUGGAUAAAAAAAGAAAAGAAACGAGAUUUUCAAACGACACCACAACAAAAAUUUGCAACGUUCGUGUAACUAUACUUCCGAAUUUUCAUUUUCAGUUCCACAAUGUUCAUUUUUUGUCACAAAAAGUCUUUUUGUAGUAAAAAUGGGAAACAUUUUAAAAACUUGACUCUGUUUUUGAAAAAUAAUUCAAAAUCAGUUUCUUUUUUUUUGGUUAAAAUAGAUUUAAAAAUUAAAAAUCUAUGUUUAUAUAUUUUUCUUGAAGAAUAAAAAUUUCGUUUUUUACUCUAAAAAAAAACUAACGGAGUUGAGCUUUUAAAAUUAAAAAUCCUGUCCGUUCUUCCUUCCAAGUCGCUAGAAAUUUCAUUUCCUUUUCCUUACAGGAGGAAAAAAAAUCACACCUAAAAUAAUUGUAAUUUUAUCCCUUACUGUAUUUGGAAUUCCGGCUGUCUCUUCGCUAGUGCUUUCAAUUUUGUUAACGAUAACGUGUGAGAUCUUGAUGUUGUAGAGAGAAAAAAAAUAGCUGAAUUUCCGCCGACGGGGGGAAGGGGGGGAGAGUUAAUAAUUCAGAUCAAUAUCUAAAAAAGAAAAUAUUCUUUUCUCCUUCUUUUUUUUAUUGUACUUUUAAAUCUUUUUACUGUAAUGAAAAAAAGCACGGUUAAAUAUUAAUAAAAAUAUGAUCUUUAUUUGUCACAUGUCCGUGAAUAAAGUGUAGAGGUAAUUUUCUUUUUGUAACUUUCCUUUACACUUCAGCAAUGUACAGUUGAAAAAAAAUAAUAAUAAUAAAAGAAAAAAUUCUUUAAAGUAUUCGUAGUUGAAAAUCGGACAUUGGACAAAUUGAAAAAAUAGACCGUAAAUUCUAAUUUUUUGCUUUUAGAAGAAAAAAAGAGAAAAGAAAAAAAAUGAAGGGGUCUUGAAAAGAGGAAAUUUAAAAUUCGCUAAUCAAAUGUCCGUCGUGGUUUUCUUUUUUUACUAAGAAAAAAAAGGGGCGCGAGCAUUUCCCUUUUUUUAUGAGUAUUCCUGUGUUUUUGAAAAUAGAGGACGGCGACAAAAAAGAACAACAAGAAGAAAAAAAAAUUGUUGUUUUUCUGAGAAAAAAAUGACACAUGAAAAAAUACACAGACAUACAUUACAUACACACAUAUAAAAAAAACAACUUAUCGUUUUAACGGUUUGUAAGCAAAAAAGUGAGACUGUGAGUGAUGGAAAGAUUGAGGAGAAAGAAAGUGCGCGUGCAUGAAAAAUAAGACAACAAGAACAACAAAAAAAAACAAUAUUGGCGACAGAAAGAUUAGAAACAAGUUUUAUUGAUAAUUACGAUACGAUUAAUUAUUGUAUUAAGUGGAAAAAAAGUUGUGUGACGUUGCGUACACUUUCGGGGGUUUAAAUAAACGAAAAAAGUAGAUUAUAGAGAAAAAGAAAGUGCGAAAGAGAGAGAGAGAGAGUUUUUUUGGAAAAUGAAAGAGUAGAGAGUGACACACACAUAUCUAUUCAGUUUUAAAGCAAAUAAAAAAAACUGCUUUUUAUCAAUAAUUUUUCUUAUUUGGAAAAAACCGAUUUUUUUUUAAAUUGUUACUUUCUUUUUUCUAUUCCGAAAAAUAAAAUCUCGUGUGUACUUGAAAAAAGAACAAGUAAAAGUUGUUAAAGAGCGAGAUUAAUGGAUACCCGAAAUGUUAAAAACUUCGUGGAAGAAAAUAAAAAUGACGGAGACUAAGAUGCAUCACAGAGAUGACAAACACUUAUUUUUAUUUUUUUUUUUUUAGAGAAAAAAUACGCGCAACGUAUAUUGGAAAAAAAUACGGAUAUUACAAGAUGGUCCAAAAGUCGUAAUUUAGACUUCAGAUUUAAAUGAAGAAGAAAAAAUUUGAUAAAAUAUUUUAAAACUCCGGGCCAUUUUGUUGUUUUUGCAAAAAAAAGGAAAAAACCCGUAUUAAAAAACGUAGCGACAUACUUUUUUUUCUCAAGAAAUAUUAUUACUUAUAAACACAUCAUUAUCUAUACAUAGAGCAUGAGCGAAUGAGAGAGAGAGAGAGAGAGCGUGCGAGUAAAUAAAAAACGAAUAUUCCUGCAAAAAAGAGACUUUUUUGUUUCUUAAAAUUUUUUUGAGAAAGAAAAAAGAAUGCUGCGCAAAAGAAAAAUAAUGGAGUUUAAAAAAAAUAGUUUUACAAAAAAGAAAAAUGGAGGCAAAAGAAAAUAAUUGUAAUAAAAAGGAAUGAAAAAAAAAAAAAUUGUGAAAUUUUCUCCCAACUUUUGUGUGCGUAAGGACAGCCGUAAAGAAACUCCAACAGAAAAAAAAAUUAGUCUUAUUUAUUAAUGACUUUCUUCUUUUUUUUUAAUCGCUCCUUUUCCUCUGGUAUAAAAUACAUUUAUGACUCCGUUUAUUUUUUUUUCUAAAUUCGACUUGGCGCCGAAAUAAUUUUUAUUUCCUAUAAUUUACAAAAAACAAAAAUAAGAGUGAGAGUGUGAGAAAGAAAGAGAAUGAAAGUGGGCAAAAUUGAGGAAUCUUUGAUUAAAGAAUGAGAAAUGAAUUUAAAAAGAAAAAAAAAGAAAAGAAAAAAAUGGAAAAAAAGAAAUAAAACCACGCGAAUAAGGAAAGUAAACGUGGUGAAAACGGCAACAUUAAUAUUAAUUAUAAUUAAUAAUAAUUAUAAUAAAUACAAUAUUUGUACAAUAA